GCGAAGAGCGACAGGGCUGCGACAAGCCCAGGAGAGCGAGCCACAGCUGAUUGUGUCUGUAAAGUCCGCUGUUGGCGCAGCCCGCUCUAAACAGAGAUCUGAAACGGGCUCUGACUCAAAGAGCUCUGCCAGUGAAGGAGAGGCGAGGAUUUUUAAUCAAAUUCAAGUGAAUCUAGGCCCAAACGAGAGUGAACCAGUGCUUUAAAUCAUUUGUGAACACCCCAUGGCCUAUGGCUCGGUUAAGGAUCGCCUCCCCGGUUGUACGAAUCUUAUGAAAGCUUGGAUUACCCAUCUCUGGCGUUUUUGACCGAAAGAGGUGUGAACCAUGGCCUCUGCAGGGUCUGUUUCUUCUGGAGUGUCCGCUGGGUCUUCCGCCGCUGGGCCAGGUACGGACUUCCAUGAGGCCAAAAUGGAUUCAUUGCCAGCCUCUCCAGCGUCAUCGUCUUCCUCUACGUCGUCUAUGUCUAAUGGUCCCAUUCUGAAAAUGAAAAUCAAGCGGUCCAUGCAUCCAAAUUCUUUGGGCACUUCUUCCACUAUCACGACGACUACCUCUUCAACGUCAUCAAGUGGCAUUGUGGUUGGCAAGAGCCUGACCUCAAUUAGUGCCCCGAAGAAGCACAAAUCGAAGAAACAUAAAAGUGAUAAUAAGCGAAAGGAAGUGUCACAUUCUCUCCCAGCCUCGCCCUUAAGCAAAGACCGUUGUGCUGCAGGGGGAAGUGGGGGAAGUAGCAGCGCUAGUAACGCUAGCAGCCCACACCCUCCAGGACCGCCCUCUUUUUCCUUCUCUGGACCAGCAGGGGGAAGACUUGAAUCUCUGUUGAAGAAGGCAAUGCAAGAGCCACCUUCAAAACGAAUUAAGAUAAAUGGCGACUCCUUAUCCUCAUCUUCAUCGUCGUCAACCAUGGCAAGUACUGCCCCGACGAUAGGAGCGACUACCAAUAUUGCUAUAACACCAACAAAUUCAUCCUCAUUGUCAUCAUCAUUAACAACUGCGGGAGGAGGAGUACUUGGAGUAGGAACACCACCAUCAUCAUCAUCAUCAUUAUUAUCAUUAUCAGGGGCUGUGAGCAAUGGUAUCAAUGGGAAAAAGACUGACAAGGCGCACCAAGAAGUUCAACCACGAGUUGAGUCCACAUCAAAGCGUUCGAGAGAGGUUGACCCCGAAGGCGGGAAUCAUGAGGAGGAUCAUGGUGACGAAGAGGAUGAGGACGACGAUUUUGAGCCUCCAUCUAGUCCGGAGAGUAAGACUGAGCCUCCUCACUCUCCACCCCCUCCCCCGAUUAGCAGCCUCUGCAGCCCCAACGAGAGAGCUACCAUGACUGAACCUGAUAAUCUGGGUCCUUGUGAGCCCGGUACGGCUGUGAAGCUUCAAGGCAUUGUUUGGCAAGAAACAGACAGAGGCCUCCUUGUGAUAAACGUCACGUGGAAAGGAAAGACUUAUAUGGGUACAUUACUAGACUGCAACCGUCAAUUGGAAGAACAUAAAUAUGGUCCACCAAGGGAGGCUCCAGCCCUAUCUCGAGGACGAGGGCGAAAAGCCAGAAACUGUCGAUCCCGAACCCCACCCGUCAAAGGCAAAGGUGGGAAACACAAAGGCAACCAUCGGCAUCUUAGUAACAGCAUCUUCGCCAUUCCCGCCAGUCCCUUGGCCCAAGAAAGCAAAGGUGUUGGGGCCAUUCCAUCUUCAUCUUCUUGUGCUGUCGUUGCUUCCACUGCCGCUGCUGCUCCCGUUGUCGUGAGCUUGACCAAUAACGUCGGCAGCGCGUUUGCUCCAAACAAAAGACGUUCGUUCCAAGAGGCCUGUUAUGCUAUUGAGAAUUCGGACUCCAAAGAUAGAGAUGAUGGAAAUGAUAGCGAUCAGGAUGGCGAGGACUCGAACAAUUUGGAUGGACGCUCUUGCUCGUCUCCAGAAAGGGAUGCUUGUCUGAUUGAAUGCCCAAAACCGGAAUGCUCCAAGAAAUUCCGUGACUUGGAAGCCCUGAAAUUCCACUUGUCGUUUUCUCAUAACGAAUUGAAAGCGGCUCACGAUGCAGCUCUUUUGGAGAAGAAGAGGCUGGAGGAUGAUCAGGCCGAGCGAAAGGCAGCAGCUCAAGCCGUUGAGGCUGCCGCCGCCAGAACCAAGAAAGCAGAUGCCCUUAGAAAUCAAGAUAAAGAGAACGAGGGGAAGAAAACCACGAUAAUGGCAUCAUCCGCUACUCUAAAUGUCACCUCAUCAAAGAACCAGACGAGCGAGGAUGGUGCGGUUAAAUCUGAAUUACCUCCUACCAAUGGUUUUGUCAGUUCCAGUGACAACCACCAAGAUGGAGUCUUGGAUCUGGUGUGCAAGAAGAAGAGCACCAACAACAGUAAUGGCAACUUUGAGGGAAGUGAUUGCAGCAAAGGUAUUUCCUCCCCGAACCAGAACUCCCCUGCUCCGAUUGCUCUUGUCAAGCCCCUUCUCACGAGCAGCUCUCAUCAGGUAGUCACAGCACCCAACCGAGUGCCAACCAACUCUUCAAUGAAUUCCAAUGUCAUGAAUGGGGGCUCAUCACCCCUGGCAGUGAAUCACAACAAUUCCGCUUCUCCUUCACAUACUAAGGUGCCCAGUCCAGCCUAUUCAGACAUUUCAGAUGAGGAGAACGAUAACGGCUGCCCCACUGCCGGUGGCUCUCAAAACCCUCCUGUUCUCUUACCACCGUCGCUUUCAAAGCCACCCAUUCAGGUCGGACUCGCCAAACCAAACAUCCCAUCGUCAUCUACCUCAGCCCUGUCAGCCAAAUUGAAUAAUGUACCCGGCAAGUUGGGACCGGGACCUAGUUCCAUGAGCAUUAGGCCUGAGUACCACAAUGCUGGAGUCAAACCCACCUCUCAAACUAUUGGACCUCCACUUGCCGACUUAAGUCGAGGUCCGCCAGGGUUCCCGCUCGGCAUGCCUCGAUUGCCUUCUCACCUUGUAGGUCCUCCAGGGUUUACCCAUCCUUACAACGCAUUCUCAUCUACGGGGCCCCCACCUCCGGCUCAUGGGGGAGGGGGUGGAGCCGCGGCUGCGGUUGCCGCUUUGGCCGCCAUGUCGUCUAACUCGAGAGCCGCUCAAGAAAUAUUGUCACGAGCGACUUCGGCAUCUCAAGCACUUGAUCUCCUGCAACAUGCAGCUGUUGCGAACUCUUUUCUCCCGGCAUCUGGCAAACUUCAGGAGCUCCAUGAGCGGGCUCUGAACUUUCCCCAUUCCAAAACAUCUGUAGCCAAUUCAUUGGCUUCGAUGGUGAAUUCCCAUCGCAUGGCGGCAGUGUCCCUGGCCAACAGUUCAAUGCCCAAUCGACCCAUGACCAUGCUCUCAGCGUCCAGUCCCCGGUCUUUGCCCUUGAGUUCCACCAUAUCAUCCCCGCCGAAGCACAGUAACCCGUUCAUGCCCGGAGUCACAGCUGGAUCUAUGAUUCCCGGACUUCCCAAUUUCUCUCUGGCUGCGGCUGCCGCCACGGGGUUCCCCAUGUCGUCCGCCAUGACCUCUACAGUGAACUCCAGCAUUCCGUCAUCGAUAUUUCACAAUACCCUUCACCAUCAUUUGGGAGGACCGUCGGUUCGAGGGCUUCCGCCCUUUCCUCCAAACUCAUCUGCUCACCAUCCCAGAUAACGAGAUUAUGACCUUUUUGAAAUUCUCCGUUUGAAGAUCAAGAUUUGUUAGACUUGACCAAUAUGAAAUCUUUGAACGGC